CUAUGAUCAAUACAUCAAAAAUAGCUUCCCCGCCCCAUCUCCAGAUCUUCAACCCUAGUAAAGCUACCCAGACUGUAGACCGAAAGUUCACCAUCUUCUCUCAACUACCAAAAGAACUGCGCUUGCAGAUAUGGCGACACGCAAUGCAUCGCCAGCGCAUCAUCAAAGUGCGCUUGGAGCUUCCUAGCCCAUGGGAAAUGCCAGAAAACCCCGACCCCGAUAUCAACCGCCCUCGCUACACCGCCAUCGUGGAAGGCUACCAAGUGCUCAGCAAGCUCCUCCGCGUUAGCAGCGAGUCCAGAGACGAGUGCCUGAAGUUCUACCGCGUUCACAUCCCCUGCCAGUUCGCAUUCGGCGAACCGCCACUGAGCGGGCAGAUGGAGACUACUCCGGGGACAUUCUAUUUCAAUCCCGAGUACGACUUCCUCCAUCUCAUCCGCGACGGGCAAAUAGACGACCCGCUUAUCGACUUCCUAUACCACCUAAAGACCAUUUACGACCCCCGCGGCAUCGGCCUGCUCAACUUAGCCAUCGACCGCAACGGCAUCGACGGGUGCUACACGGCCCUCGCACAGCCUUCAACCGUCGACCCAACCGUCAAGCAAGCGUUCGUAGACACCCUCACCCACAUCCACGAGGUCUUCUUCGUCCACACACCGCGCGCCGGCCGCGUGAUCGUCGGGCUCUGGUACGGCAUCUGGCCGCUCAACCUGAAGCUAUUCAACCGCUCUUUCCCGAUCGUGGCGCGGGCGCCGACGUUCGAGCGCUUGCAGCGGGAUCCCCGCCCCAUUGCCGAGGAUCUGAAGCAGGUGUUCGAGGAAUCUGACCAACGGGACGUCUUUCUCUCGUGGAGGCGGCUGCUGCAGCAUUGGCGGAUCGCGCCUGUGCGGGUCGAGUAUCGAGUGCUUCUGACGAUGGACCCGGCUGGUGAUCCCGACGAUGAGAUCAUGGAUCGCGAGAGCGCGGAGGGGUAUUUGAGGAGGGAGGAUGAGAAGUGGAAAAGGGUGUCGCCUGAGAAGGCGCAGGCAGAGGAUCUGGAGAAGGUGGUGAGGCCGGCUUUUGGGUUUUGGUUGUUUCCGCUUGAGACGUUUGGGCCGAUGCGUGAGGAGGGGACGGUGGAGGAGGAGGGGUAUAAGCAUAGGGCGAAGACGAUGUUGGAUUUGACGGGGUAUUGGCCGGAGCUUGCGGUGGCGGAUUUGACUAUGUGAAGUUGCAUAGAAGCAAAGUUUCUCUGGGGUUUGGGCGUUUUCAUCCUCUCGUAUGAAGAAUGUGAUAGAAGCAACGCGGUGAGGUUCAGGGGGGUUACUUUACCGAAUGUUUCCUUAUGAGUAAUUAGGUGGAUACGUUGAAACAUGGAGUCAGGAGGUUCACGUCGUUGAUCGGAAGGAGCCAUACGCGGAAUACCAGUAGAUGCAAACGCACUCAUAUUGCCGACACACUAAUGAAACCAAAGAUAUACCGUAGAUGAAAAAAAGGCAAGGAAAUUACGUAAUCUAGGAAAGGAAAGAAAGAGUCUCCCUGGCUUUCACCACAAAUUCCACUCUCGCUGUAAGUUCGGGGGUUCGCAUUCCAACAAGCCAACCAGUCACUGUAAACCCGACACCAAAUAUCCAGGGAUUACAAGCGGUCUAUGGUAAAGCAAAAACACGUCCAGUAGAGUUUCGAGUAGCCACGAGCUAGAUAUCAGG